UGUGUGUGUGUGUAUUGUAUGCAUGUGAUGUAAGGUCAUUCGCGUGAAAAUAUCAGCGAGGAAAAAAUCGAAUUUUUGUGUUUUGUGUGCUAGCUUCAUGAAUUAAGAACAAAAUAGGAAAGCUGGAAGAGCCAAAAAAUAGAAAAAUUCGCACUCAAGCAAAAACACCAAACGGAAGAUCCAAAGCAAACAACCAACCAACCAACAACAUCAACAGCAUCAACUAAUAUCAAAUUAAAUAACUAAGCCUAAUAACGUAUACAUUUAAAGAUCUAUUUAUAAAUUAAUAUUUACCAUAAUGAUUUAGUAAGUUAAGCUUAAAGUACAAAAAAAAAAAAAAAUAAGAAAAGCAAAGAAAAAGAAACACCACAACCAACAACAACAUCAACAACCAACCAACCAACAGCCACAAAUAAUUAAUCAAUCAUUUAACGGAGUAAAUUCACAAAUCUGUAAUAAAUGCAAAUGACAAGGAAAUAACGAAAACGACAACAACAACAAAUCACCGCCAACAACAACAACCACACAUCGGCAGCAUAAUUAACAACAACCAACAACAACAACGGAUCAAUACCAAAGAUGGAGGCAAAAUUCUUGGCUAGCGCUCUUUCAUUCCUCUCGAUAUUUUUAGCGAUUUAUGCUCAAUCACUUGCCAACGACCUGAGCAAGGAGUCCACAGAGUUCGAGGAGUCGCCGACCAUCUACUACGGCGACCCCGUGGUGAACCUGGGCCAGCCCUUCUCGAUCACCUGCAUAAUCCCGAUCACCGAUCAGAUUCAUUGGCUCAAGAACGGGGAGCCGAUCACGCGGCACAAUCUGCGGCACGGGCGGGAUGAUCAUGCCUACGUUCUGUCCGAGAGUGCAAUCGAGGGUGAGAAGCACAAGAUCGAGGCGCACCUGAGUGUGCGGCAUGCGCUCAAGGUGCACGAGGGUCGCUACCAGUGCAACCGGCGACGCGGCAGCUACAUUCUGCACGUGCGGGAUCCCAAGGGAGUUGGAGCGGGAGCGGGCGAACCCACCGAGUCCGGCUAUCAAACCAUUGACGAACUGACGCCCAACUCAGCGGAUGAUUUCUUUACACGAGCGUGGCUGGAGCAGCAGCAGCAGCAACAACAACAGUUGCCCCACCAGACGCACAAGCUGCACAAGUCGCAUUUGGGCUACGGAAAUGCCAGUCUGUCCGGGUCUCAGCCCUGGCAUCCGUCGGCCGGCGGAGGCGGCGGUAUCCACCGCGUUUACUCGGCCACACCGCCCGAUUUUCCACCUCCGCGCCUUAAUCUGCUGGAGCAGACGGUGGCGCCGCCAGAGCCACCGACCAUACUGUACAAUCCCAAUCCGACGCAUCCCACUGCCAGCGCCACUGCCACGGAGACCAGCGUGCUCCUGACGACGGCGCACCACCAUGUCCACCAUCAGCAGCAGCUGCAGCAGCAGUCGCAGCACACGCUGAACGCCUUCCAGCUGCCACUGCCGCCGCGACCCAAUCCCGGCCAAAAUGAGCGAUACCAGACCUAUGCACCGCACUAUGUGCCACCAGUGGUGGUAUCGGGAGCGGGCGCAGGCGCGGAACCGGGAGCAGGAGCAUCAGGAGAGCAGACCACCAUUUCAGCAGCCACCAGCACAAGGGCCAUGAUGGGUGGCGGUGGUGGUGUUGCUGGUUCGGGCUUUUCCGCGGGCGCCAGUGGCCCAAUGCUGGGUGCUGGCGGUCACAUGCUGAUGGGUGGUCAGGGGCAUCAGGUGCAUCUGCAGCACCAGACGCUCUUGCCCGUCAAGAUGGAUAAGUUGGUGCCAAACUAUGAUAAUGCCAUGCAUCAAAUGAAAUUUUACGACAUCAGAUCGCCGCUCGUUCUCAGCUGCAACGUGAAAGACGGUACGCCGGGCGGCGUGCUCAUAUGGAAAAAGAACGGCACCGCUGUGACGGAGGUACCUUCUCUAAGAGGUCGCUUUAAGUUAAUCGCAGACGAGAACAAGUUCAUCAUCGAUAAGACGGAUACGAACGACGAUGGCAAAUACAGUUGCGAGUUCGACGGAGAGUCCAAGGAAAUCGAAGUGAUUGCCCGCGUUGUUGUACGAGUGCCUUCAAAUACAGCCGUUGUGGAGGGUGAAAAGAUGUCGGUGACCUGCAGCGUUGUGGGUACCAAACCAGAGUUGACAUGGACCUUUGCCAAUGUAACGCUGACAAACGCCACAGAUCGCUUCAUCCUCAAACCAGACGAUAAUGGUGUUCCUAACGCCAUUCUGACACUGGACAAUGUGACAUUGGACGACAGAGGCGAAUACAAAUGCAUUGGACGAAAUGCGGCCAAUGUCCACGGUGGGAACACCACCGCUCCUGCCAGCGACGUCACAACUGUGCGUGUUAAGGGCAAAUUUGCCGCCUUGUGGCCUUUCCUGGGCAUCUGUGCUGAGGUGCUGAUUCUGUGCAUCAUCAUUCUCAUUUAUGAGAAGCGACGCAACAAGAGCGAACUGGAGGAGAGUGAUACUGAUCCCCAAGAACAGUAAGUGUGCUACUCUCCAACCCACACACCAACCAACCUACCAACCAAUCAACACCACACCACAACAAACAAAAUACCAACAACAUAAACUGUCAACACCAAAUAAUAUUAAAGAUCGGCAAACAAACAAACAAACCAGAAACAAAACGCAACAGAAGAGAAAAAAGUUGAAAUUUUAGUUUUAUACUGCAAAUUAAAGACGUUGAAGCUGCAGGCGAAUGCAGACCAGACACCAACAUAACCAUACGGAACCAGAUACAGAUACGGAUUCGGAGAAGCAACGUACUUACGGACGGACAGACAAACGGACGGAGGUGCGGCAGCUACAACAAUUAGUGAAAUUUUCUUAGUUAACAAUUUCUAAUAGUUACCACAAUGGGAAACGAAAAAUAAAUAUGAAUGAAUUUUGUGUUUGACGCAAACGGAUAUGCGAUAAAUUGAAAAGUUAAAUGUUAAGAAAUUAUAUAGAUUUUGCUAAUUUUGUAUUAUAAUGAAGUCCACUGUGCCUGGAGCGUCGCAAAGAAAUUAAUAAAAUAACGAGACCCAGAGUAGUGAAAUAGAGAGUGAUCCACUAAUCGUUGUGGUUUCUACUUUUUUCGAUGUGUGCUAAGCGAAUGCAAAUAUAUUCGUGAUCCGUAUAUUUGUUUCGCCCAAAACUCUGACAAACACAAAACGGAAACGGAAACACAAAACGAACGCACACAGACAGCACUCACUCACACCAACACAUCCGAGAGUUAAAACAAAAUAUGUAGUUCUCUAGAUAUAGAUACUAUAAACUUAAUUCAUCGUAAAUAUGCCCUAUAAUUUCUUGCUUUAUUCAAAUCGAAAAUUCAUUUUUCGCUGAGCUUGUUUCUGUUGCUUAAAAAACUACAAACGAAACUUAAUGAGAAAUAAUUACACGUACACAAAUCCUUUCUUUUUAUGUCAAAGUCCAGUCCAUAAUAUUAUUACUAUCAUGUAAAGGAAUAGGACAACAAAAUGUUAUCAACUUUGUUUUUAAGUACUUAUUGUUUAAUUAUAUACAUUUAAAAGAAACCCACAUUAAAAACAAAAAACACAGUAGUCAAAGCAAAAGUUGUCAUUUUGCUUUGAGAGAUACAAAAAACAGAAUUAAUCGUUACUUAUGUAUAUUAUAAAUCAUUAUAUAAGCUUAUUAAUUUCUUGGCAGUGAAUAAAACAUACACACGAAAACACAGAAGUCGUAGCUCAACACGUUUGCAUUGAUUUGGAAUUAUAAUUAGAAUUAUUUGUAUAUUGUACACAAAAGAGUAUUUUCCCCGCCACCCAAUGCCCCUCAACCCUGCCCCUCUAGUUGCGCACUUUCUGUUUUUCUUGUCGCCUCUGUUGAUUUUGCUGUGUAUAAACUCGAUAACUUUAUCAUUUCUAUUCUUUGUAUCUAGUAUCUAAACACUUGUGCUAUUCUCUACCGAUUACAACUAUCCAUUAUGAUUUUGUGAGUUUUGAGAUUGAUUUCUACCGAAAUAUAAAACAAACAACAACAAAAAAUACAAUUGUAAA